UUGCACGCAUUUCUCGGCGGCAUUUAAUUAGUUUAAAUUACAUGCCAAAUAAAAAAUUCAAGUGUCUUAAUUUUUGCUAAAUACAAUUUAAACAAUUUUUGUUGAGAUUAUGUCGCAAAUUUGUAAGCGCAGUUUGUUCAAAGCAAAUCGCUUGGCACUUAAUUCAGCGCCGGCUGUUCUACGUUUAAAAUCAACAUGGUUUUCCGAAGUGCAAAUGGGCCCGCCCGAUGCCAUUCUCGGCGUAACGGAGGCCUUCAAAAAGGACACUAAUCCCAAGAAAAUCAACUUGGGCGCUGGUGCCUAUCGCGAUGACAACACCAAGCCCUUCGUACUGCCCAGCGUGCGUGAGGCGGAGAAACGCAUUGUGGAUCGCGCCAUGGACAAGGAAUAUGCCACCAUAAUAGGCCUGCCCGAGUUCUAUAACAAGGCCAUCGAACUGGCUUUGGGUGAAAAGUCGCAGCGUUUGAAGGCCAAGCAUAAUGCCACGACUCAGGCGAUUAGCGGCACGGGAGCGCUGCGUAUUGGUGCCGCCUUUCUGAACAAGUUCUGGCAGGGAAAUCGCGAGAUCUAUUUGCCCACACCAUCCUGGGGCAAUCAUGUGCCCAUCUUCGAGCACGCAGGAUUGCCGGUAAAGCGCUAUCGGUACUACAAUCCAAAGCAUUGUAACUUGGAUUUCAAUGCAAUGGUUGAAGAUCUGAAGAAAAUCCCGAAAACUUCCAUUGUCCUGUUGCAUGCGUGCGCGCACAAUCCCACUGGCGUUGAUCCCACAGUUGAGCAGUGGCGGGAGCUCUCCCGGGUGUUCAAGGAGCGCAAUCUGUAUCCAUUCUUCGACAUGGCCUAUCAGGGCUUUGCCACCGGCAACGUGGAUGGCGAUGCCAUGGCUGUCCGUAUUUUUGAGGAGGACGGUCACGAUUUCUGCUUGGCCCAGAGCUUUGCCAAGAACAUGGGUCUCUAUGGUGAACGCGCUGGCGCCUAUACGGUUGUCUGUGCGGAUGAGCAGGAGGCGGCCCGUUGUCUGUCCCAGAUCAAGAUUCUGAUUCGCGCCCUCUACUCCAAUCCGCCAGUGCAUGGUGCCCGCAUUGCGGCCGAGAUUCUGAACACUGCCGAUCUGCGUAGCCAAUGGCUGAAGGAUGUGAAAGGCAUGGCGAACCGCAUCAUCGAUGUGCGUGCCAAUCUGAAGAGCAAUCUCGAAAAGUUGGGCUCUUCACAGAAUUGGGAGCAUAUCACCAAUCAGAUUGGCAUGUUCUGCUUCACGGGCUUGUCCCCGGAGCAGGUGGACCGCCUGAUGAAGGAGCACAGCGUUUAUUUAACGAGGGAUGGGCGCAUCUCUAUGGCCGGUGUGACCAGCAAGAAUGUCCAAUACCUGGCCGAGAGCAUGCACGCAGUAACCAAGUAGAGUGAAACGGCAGAAACGUUUCUAACUUAGUGAUUACCACAAAUCGGCACCUGUACGAAUUUUUCGCUAGCAUUUUCACGCAACACUAAAUUGCAUGGUCAGACAGGCAAAUUAUUUGCACACAAUCGAACUGAUCGAAAUUCCCUCUUUAAAGCAUAUUUGUAAAAUGACAAAGAUAGUAGCCCCAUCAGAAAGUUGCUUAAAUUGAAACCAAUAGGAAUUUUAUACAACAGUUCUAUUGAAAUUUCGAAAUAUUUGAAAUUUGCGUGCAAAUUAUUUGCUUGUCUGUCCACUCAUUCGUUUUUGUAAAUAUGUGGCUAUCAAUCUGUCUUUGAAAAAGCAAA